AUGCCGACCGCCGCCACUCCUGAUCCGACACUCCGCCUCCUCGUUGACUCUUGGACGAGUCAUGCUGGGCGCGGCUCGUUCACCUCGGUGAUCGCGCGCGUGGAGGACGAUACUACGGGAGUCACUUUCACUCUUCCAAACGAUUACGCGGACCUUGCGGCGUCGCGCGAACGAUGGGAGGGCUGGCUGGAAGUGAUAAACCACCCCACUGGCCAGGGCAUGUUCCCGGCGUCAACAACUGACCGCCAACGCGCGGCGCUCCGAGGACUCGCGCGUGCUCUCAUCUUCUUCAGCAUCGAAGACGCCCGCGGGGAACGCAAGCGAGACUGGCCUCACUUUCUCAACCACAUCCGCGAGGUUGCUGCAAGAGAGGGCCUGACGGGCGAGCGGCAACCCGAGCUUGUCGCCGACUGGGCCCGCACGGAGUAUCAGGCCUCUAGCACCUGGCGAUCAGAGCAGCGCGCGCGCGAUGGUCGCCGUGCUGCAAGCGCAGGCGCUGAUUCGGACCCGGAUACGGUGCGCGCGCGCGAGGUUCACGAAGCUGUGAGCACAGACUCGGACCCGGACUCGGUCGCGGAGAUGGGUACUACGGCAGGGGGGUAUAAUACCGACUCUAGUGUCCCGUCGCUGAUGUUAGGGACGUGCCACACGAUCAUGUAG